AUGAGCGUCCGUGUCAUCGCACGAAUCCGUCCGCUCCUGAAAACGGAGAGGGAAAGCGAUAUCAUCGUCCGUUCCGGAAGAACAACUGCCUUGUCCGCACCAACAUGUACGAAUGAACUGGUAGCUCCAUCUUCACAGCAUCCAUUAUCCCCUUGCAAGAGUGAAGCGAAAUCGGUGAAGAAGACAGGAUUUAAAGAUAAAGAACAAAAGGUUGGUGGGAAUCAGGAGGUUGGAGGAGAUCGGGAUAAUCUUGUGCGGAUUCCGAAUCCGAAGAAUGAGGGGGAGGAAUUCAGUUUCCAGUUCCAUGGGGUGUAUGGGGCGGAUGUGCCGCAGCAGGAGAUUUUUGAUAGAGAGGUCGCCCCUACAAUAAAACAUCUAUUCAACGGAUUCGACGUGACAAUAUUUGCCUAUGGGGUUACUGGAACUGGCAAAACACACACCAUGAGGGGAGGAAAAUCUCUGAACGAGAGAGGCGUGAUUCCACGACUCUUGAGCGGUAUAUAUAGGCGCAGUCGCAAGAUUGAGAAGGAUUCUCAGGGAGGCACUAAGGUUGAUGUGGUUAUGAGCUACUAUGAGAUAUACAAUGAUAAAGUCUUUGACCUCUUCGAGGCCCCCGAAAAAAGAACAGCCUCAGGUCUGCCACUGCGGGAUGCCGGUGGGAAAACUGUGGUCGUUGGGUUGACUGAGCGACCUUGCCCGAACCUGAAGGAGUUUGAGAUGUUGUAUGAUCAUGCCAAUGUGAACAGAUCGACGUCAGCAACGAAGCUAAAUGCUCACUCCUCUAGAUCUCAUGCUAUACUCUGUGUCAAGCUGGUGAUUUCUACUGGUGAGCAGACUCGUAUCAGUCUUGCAUCUUGCAUCGAUCUUGCAGGAUCGGAGGACAACCGGCGGACCGAUAAUGGCAAAGAGCGCAUGAUUGAAUCUGCAUGUAUCAACAAAAGCCUAUUUGUGCUUGCUCAAUGUGUUGAGGCAAUCAGCAAGAAGCAAACCCGAAUCCCAUACCGUGAGUCGAAAAUGACGAGGAUAUUGUCGUUGGGCCAAAACAACGGACUCACCAUUAUGAUAUUGAAUCUCGCCCCAACCCGUUCCUAUCAUCUUGAUACACUCAGCUCGCUCAACUUCGCAAACCGCACCAAGAAGAUUGAGACCCGGGAAGUAGAAAAUGAGCCCAUAUUCAAAGGGCAUCCUAGGCCAACACUUCGGGGGUUUAAUGUGACGGGACCAGGAAUGCAUCGUCAACCACUACGACCACUUACCGUUUCAAUCAAUGCAAAUAUUGUUCUACCGGCCGCAACAGAUUCUUCAAAGCCAUCGGAAAGUAAAUCAGUUAAGACUUUCGCUGUGUACGCUGACAAGCUACAGUCGAAACCACCUGCGCAUGUUAAACGGUUUGACGCUCCAAAACGAUCCUCACCCUUAAAACGCAGAUCUGAUGCGGGUGCUAUUGGGCCUUUUCGUCCUUCAAAAGUUUUCUGUCCUGCAGACGCCGGUUUACAAAAAUUGGACGCUGUUUCUGCUGCGAGGAUUGAAGAAAUGGUGGAGAAGAAAGUGGAAGAAAUACUAGCUGCACGAGCUAUGAACGAAGCUUCGAAGCAACAAUUCCUUACUGAUCAUUCUUCCAACAAUGAGCUGAAUGAGCAAGUGCAGCGCCGACUCCAGCUCCUAGAACAAAGAAUUGAAGGGAAAGAGGACGCAAGAGCAGAAGGGUUGUCAUAUCUUCUGAUGGGAAAACAGCACCAGGCACGAGGAGAGGAUUCAUCGGCUUUGAGAAUGUAUCAAUUGGCUCAGCCAUUUUUUCCAAGAAAUGAAAAACUGGAAAGGAAAAUAAAGACUUUGAAAGACAAAUUGAAAAACAAGGCCCAGGUACAGCCGCUGCAAUUGCAAACGCUUGAUGGGAGACUGGAGACAAGACCGCUAACAGAACAUGCAAAUAAGAGGAGGAGAUAUAACAGAAUUGGAAGGUUCAAUGCUGAAUAUCAUGUCGAUUUUGACGAUGAACACCAACCAUCCGAUCCGAAUGAGCAGUUUAGCGAUGACGAAAUACCGGCCGUCAAUCAUUAUAUCCAACCAUCAAAAAAACGACCUACAGCUUCUCAUACCAGCAAACCUCGAGAACCAUCGUCGUCUCAUCUACUACCCGCCAUUUCAUCACACCCAACAUCGAAAACUGAUGCGGCUAUGAGUGUCGACUACAUACCCAACCCGGAGGACACUCCACGCACUGCCCACAUCCUUUACACCAUCAACACCCGCAAUAUCAACCAAAUAAAGCUGCUGCGAGGCGUUGGGAUAAAGAAAGCCGAGGCCAUUGUUGACUGUCUAUGUGAAAUGGAUAUGGGUAGAAAAGAAAAUUGCGAUGCUAUCGGUGGCAGCGAGCAAGUGCAGAUACGCAGUUUGGCGGAUCUGGGAAAGAUGAGAGGGGUUGGGGUGAAGACUGUGGAGAAUAUGAGGAAUGCGAUUUGUGAGUCUUCCACACAAUGA